CAUCUGCACACCACAAGUCAUCGCACUGAGUGAAGAAGAGACAAGCUGCCUCGCUAGUCAAAUUCAAUCAUGAAGGUACUUGUGGUUCUCGCACUUUUCUCUGUCUGCAAUGCCAACAUCCUGUGGCAGGAGCCGCCCAAGAGCAGUCUGGAUUUGGUGAAAGAUGCUUUCUGGGACUACGUUGCUAAAGCGACACUCACCGCAGAGGACUCCCUGUCGCAGAUCAGACAGUCUGAGCUGGGACAGGAAGUGAAUACCAUGAUCUCUCAGAGCGUUGACACAAUCAAUCAGUACACGGUUGCUCUGCGGACUCAGGUGGCUCCUCUGACCCAGGACUACAUGACCCGGUUUUCCCAGGAGGCCGAGCAGCUGAAGGCUCGCCUGGAGCAGGAUCUGACAGCCGUGAGCACCAACCUGAGGCCAUACGCCGAGGGCCUGGUGGCUGACCUCCAGAAGCAGGUGGAGGAGCUGAAGAAGGACGCCGCCCCCUACGCUGACGCCAUGGACCCAGAGGCCCUGAAGGUCCUCCUGCUGCAGAAGAGCCAGGAGCUGAAGGGGCAGCUGGAUAAGAGCGUGAACCAGCUGCAGACCCAGAUGGUCCCCUUCACCGAGGAGAUCAAGCAGAAGAUGGAGCAGAGCCUGGAGGAGUUCCAGAGGAGCAUGGUCCCCCUGACCCAGAGCUUCGAGACCCAGCUGAACCAGAAAACCCAGGAGAUCCAGCAGAACCUUUCUCAAAGAGGAGAGGAGCUGAAGUCCAAGCUGGACGCCAGCGCUCAGGACCUGCAGGCUCAGCUGGCUGCUCUGUGGGAGUCUUUCUCCAAGACCACCCAGUAAACGGACGCCUUCACCAGCCUCAAGGCCUCCGCAUACCAAAUAUUUAUUUGAACUUGACCCAAUGCAUAUUUUACCAAAUAAAAAUCUGACGAAACAA